AUGCACUGGUACACACAAACAACAACACUUCAAAAUAAACUAUCGACGCGACAGCUCCCAACCCCAAUGCCGAUGGCCACGAGCGGAUGCGCCGAAUCGAGAGAGAGGAUCUACGCAUGGCUCGAUCUCGUCCGAAACGAAAGCUCCGAUUUCCAUGCCGUCUCCCCUCCGCAGGCUACUACCAGACCCGAUCCUAAAUCCUCCGAAUCUGUCUUCAGUCCCAUCCUCUGCAACGGCAAAGAGCUGCAGAGCCGCAAACGCCGUCUGCCUCUGACCCCAGAGUCUUCUGAGAAGAUGGGAUCGCCUACUAAGAGACCCCGGGAUGACUUUUCCCACUCCGCCUCAUCGGAUAGCAUCACGCAUGAUUACGACGAGACCCCGCGUCCUGUGAAAUCCCACCGUCCCAGCCUCUCCGGCCGAACCCCGUCUCAGCGAAGCGCUGCCAGCUCAUCCCGCAUCUCCCCCAAGAAGCAACUGUCUGAAAGACAGAACAAGCCUGCCCCCAUUACCGUCCUUCAAUACGCCCCGGAUGAAGCCCGAGUUCCCGCCUCCCUGCGAGAGAUUUGGAGAGAGAUGGCAAGGUUCAGCAAGGGCACCAAGGUCAUCGCUAAGCGUCUGGAGGCCGAUAUAAACACCCAACGAGCGACUUACCCGCAACUCGACACCAUUGAAUCGUGGUACUACGAUGAUGACGCGAAGCGAGACGAACUAGGUCCCUCACCAUCGGUCGCUCAGGUUCUUUCCGUUCUGGAUGCUGCCAAAGUGUGCUCAAACGAGGGCUACUGCGAGGCUUCCUGGAACAUGGUCGUACACCUCCGCGUCAUGCAACUUGCUGUGCCGUUAUACGCUGCAGGGUCUGAGGGGAAGGUGUCUUUUAUGCCAUGUCCGACAGCUAAGAUCAUCGACAAGUAUACAGACACCCGCGGUCCCUCCCGCAGGGUAGACUUCUGCAUGCUCCUCGAACCCGAGGCCCAUGCUGCUGAGGCCAUCCGAGCGAUCCAGUACCAAGACGAUCUGCUUAGCAUGUCAAUAAACCACACCAACUACGCACCCCUGCGCCGGCGGCCGAUCGGGCUAAGCAUUGAGACCAAAGGCCACGACGAGGGGCUUGGUGACGCCAAAACUCAGCUUCUGAUCUGGUUCGCAGCCCAGUGGCAAUCGCUCGAGCGGCUUGCCCAUCGUCUGGAGCCCUUGCAACCUCUCCCGGAUUUCCUGCCAGGCGUGAUCAUCGAAGGGCACCAGUGGUACUUUGUGGCGAGCACCAAAGAUAAAUCCGAAACGAUUCUUUGGAUGAAACAGCUCAUCGGCUCGACUGAAGAGGCCAUCGGCGUUUACUCAAUCGUCUGCGCCCUGCAGUACUUGUCUCGAUGGAUCCGUACAGUAUACUGGCCCGUCUUCCAGCGAUACCUUCUUCCUCCACAACCUGCAUGA